UAAAAAAGCUAGACUAAAUGUGGGCAAACUAUUUCAAAAAGCGUAAAGGAGGGAAAUCUGAACAGAAACCCAAGCCUCGAAAGUCUCGUAAAAACUCAAAGAAGAAGGGAUCCGGAUCUAAAAAGGACGGUCAGGAAAAGAUCAACUGUGAAAAAGUGGGAACUACUAGAUAUGCAGUCAACUUCACAAAGAAGUAUUUUGACGAGAUCAAAAGUGCCGUUAAGGCCUCAGGUGUCUGAUUCUGGAUACAUGAUAACAGGAGGUGGGAAAUGGAAGAGAAAGAUAUACCCAAACUGGAGAGCUUCAUUCAAAGAUGUUCGAAUGAACAAGCCUGGAACUUUGACGUUCGCUUUGGAGUUAUUAAUGAAUACUCCAAAGCUCUUGACAGAUAUCCUAUUCCAUUCACAGUCAAGAGGUCGCAUAACUUACCGAGGUAUGAUUACAAUAAAGACCAAAACUAUGCUUAUGAAGCAUCUAAUGUUCCAAUGGAAACCUGGAUGAAACUAAAAAGAUAUCAAAAAGAAGGAAUUACUUUUGCUUUAAAGCAUAAUGGAAGAAUUCUCCUAGGAGAUGAGAUGGGAGUCGGUAAAACUCUCCAAGCAAUUUGAAUAGGAGUAGUUUACCACUCUGAUUGGCCUCUACUGAUUCUAUGUCCGAGCUCACUCAAACUCAAUUGGCAAGAUGAGCUUCUAAAAUGGGUUCCAGAAGGAAAGGAAGAUUAUAACAUUAAUCAAGAGGAUAUCCAAAUUGUACAUAAGAACAAGGAUAAAUUUGAGAAGGGCAAAAAGAUCUACAUUAUUUCCUACGAUAUAGCCACUAACAAAGGAGAUGACAUAGCCAGGCUUAAAUUUAAGGUAUGCUUGUGUGAUGAAGCACAUGCUUUAAAGAACAGAGAGAGCAAGAGAUCCAAAAAUCUCGUACCCUUACUGGAGGCAAUGAAGAGGAUUAUCCUUAUAUCAGGAACUCCACUACUUUCGAGACCUUGUGAGUUGUACAAUUUAGUAAAAAUCCUCAGACCAGAUGUCUUCAAAUCAUUUGAAGACUUUGGCGAAAAAUAUUGUGAUCCUAAAACGAAGCUCAUCUAUGUAGGUGGAAGAAGGAGAGCGGUGAAAGACCUUAACGGAGCUUCUAACCUGGGAGAACUAAAUUAUUUGUUAUCCAAGCACCUCAUGAUCAGGAGGAUGAAGAAGGAUGUCCUAAAGGAACUUCCUCCCAAGAAUCGGAUCAAAAUGAUUGUGGAGAUCUCUCCUAAGGAUAUGAAGGAAUUAAAAUAAACUAUUUGAAAUGAGUGAUGCUCUUAGGCAAAAAUUCGAACAAGAUCAGGGAACAAAAAUUGGAAUGAAUGAUUUUCUCAGAAUUGCUCAGAAAGGAAUUUUACUCAGCGAUGACUCCCAAUUAGAGACUAAAAAUCCAGCAUCUGAGCUUUACAAACAAUCUGGAAUAGCUAAGGUUGAAGGAGGGUUCAAGUUUGUUGAGACCUUACUUGAAAAUGGAAUCAAGUUCCUCUUAUUUUGCCAUCACCAAGAUGUAAUGAAUGCUUAUGAAGAGAGGAUAAAGAAAUAAAAGGAUUAAUUUUAUUAGAAUAGAUGGAUCUACUUCCCAAACUAAGAGACAUGAAUAUAUUAAACAAUUCCAAGAGCGAAAGGAAUGAAAAAUAGCUCUUCUCUCUAUCACUGCUGCAUAUCAAGGGAUUACCCUACAUGCAGCAAAUGUAGUAGUGUUUGCCGAAUAUUAUUGGACUCCAGGUAUAAUCACCCAAGCAGAAGAUAGGGUGCACAGAGUGGGUCAACUAGCUUCUAACGUCACUGUCUAUUAUCUCCACAACGAUAAAACUCUUGAUUCGGGUAUUUCCGGAUACAUAAUGGGAAAGGCAGAGAUUUCAUCAAACGUGCUUGAUAAUGCCAAGUCAGAAUAUGUCUUCAAAAGAACUAACAAAAAAUCCCUCGAGCAAGAAAUUGAAAAGCAGAGAGAAGAAAGGAAAGACCUAGACCUGAAGUUAAGUGAGAUCAAAGCUAAAAAUAAAAGCUCUAUGUACGCAUACCUUAAGAAAACAGUUGUUGAAUCGGAAGAGGGUGAUCCUAAAGAUGUAGAGAAUAAAAGUAUGGAAACAAACAAAGUCGUUGCUCAACAAAUUGUUGAUGAAGCAAUUUCAGAUUCAAGUGAUACCAGCAGUGACGAAGAGGAAGUAUCUAAACCUCCUAAGUCAAACAUUCAGAACUCUCAGGAAGAAGAGAAGCAUCAAGUUGGCUUACCAGAUCCUUCUGAAGGUGUAGAGGACAAAGAGAAGCUUCUUAAAGUUCAGAAUUCACUCAUGUUUAGUGAAUUCCUUUCCAGUGUCAAGAAAGGAGAGGACAAAUAUAAGAACCUCCCACUUUAUGAUGAAGCUAUGAAUCAAGAAGAGAUACAAGAGAUUGAAAUGGAAAAAGAAUUGCAAGAGUUAUCUGAUGCUGAUUUCGAAUGUGCUCUGCCUGAGCCUGUACCAAAAUAUGUCACUGAAAAGCUAAACCCAGUUUUAAUGCAUCCAUAUACAAACCUAUCCACUGCCCAUGAGGAGGAAAAGACUGCACAAAUCUAUGAACAAAAGUUGAAAGAAAUUGAAAAAAUCAGCGAUACAAACCUAAAUGAUAUCCUAAGCGAUGGAAAUACCUCCUCACUAGAUUUAGGAAGCAGUCUUCUUAGCGAUAAUGAAAAGGAUAAUCUACAUAAAAAUUUAGCCAAGAAUGCUCGUGAGCGUUGCGCCACAGAUUUUAGGAUAGAGGAACACCAAGAGGAUAGCUUUGAAAUAACCUCUGAUCUAGUAAAAAGCGAUGAUUCCGAUCCCCUUCAAAGGAAGAGAAAAGCCCAUGAAUUAGGCAUAGAACCUCACAUCGGCUCCAAAAUGACCAAAUUGCACUAAUCCUUCAAUAUAAUCCAA